UUUUUUGACCUUUUAAGAGUUUUCACUGCUUCGCUUUCUAUUUAUAAAACAAGUCCUUCAUCUCCCUAUUCUACCUGCAACUACCCAAGAUUUUAAGUGAGGGCGAGACUGUAAGAAAUUAAGGCUCAAUUUAUUCAUGUGAAUUUCGUUUCGAAUGAAAUGCUCAGUUGCAGAGAGGAAUAAGGAUGUCUAAUAUACCAACGUCUCUCUCUGAAGUUUGCCUUACUCUCUCUCGCCUUACCAUGUCCAUCGCCGAUCCAUGGCCCUUUUCCUAAGCUUCUUUUUCGUUCUAACCAAACCCUUUUAAAUCCAAGCUCCUCUUCCUUUUUUUUUUUUUUGCUUGAAGUUAUUUCUGUUUCCGGUCAGACACGAUCCAUGAGAAAGAUAAGAGGCUUCAAGAUCGGGAAACGGCUUGUCCGAAUCUCCAGAUGCUUCAUCCGCGAACCUCGGAACCCACCUGGGUACCCUCACCUGUCCCAUGCUGGGUCCUUUUGUAACUUGAAGCCUUUCUCCAAGCUUAUCAGUUGGGGGCGCCGUUUGACAGAAAGAGCCAAAUCUUUAUGCUCAGUGAAACCUGGGUCGGGUUACGUUCUCAUUGAUCAAGACCCCAACAAAGAGGAACGGAUGGAAGUUCCAAAAGGGCACUUAGCCGUCUACGUUGGUAAAAAAGACGGCGACUUUCAUAGAGUUUUGGUGCCGGUUAUUUACUUUAACCACCCUUUGUUCGGCGAGCUCUUGAGAAAAGCCGAAGAGGAAUAUGGAUUUAGCCACCAAGGUGGAAUCACCAUUCCUUGCCGGUUCUCCGAGUUUGAGAAGGUCCAGACCCGGAUCGCAGCGGGAACCGGAGGAAGGAAAAUAUCGAGUAAGGGCCACCAUUGAGAGACCGGUGGUGGUAGUAAAAGCAGUGGCUGAUGAUGACGAUAAUUAAUUGUGGUCAAUGAUUGUGAUUACGAUGUCCCCGGAAUUUUUGUUUUGGUAGCGGAUUUAUUUACCUUUGUAUUUUCACUUUUUCGUUUAAUGGAUUUUCACUUUUUUAGGUGUA